GCUAGAACUGUGCAGCCAGUCGGCGCGACGACUUCAUCUGGACAGGUCGCUCGUGGGGUAACUUGCUCUAGGGAACUAGUACCAUGGCGUCUGGCUGCAGGAUUGGCCCGUCUAUCCUCAACAGCGACCUGGCCAAUUUAGGGGCCGAGUGCCUCCGGAUGCUGGACUCUGGGGCUGAUUAUCUGCACCUGGAUGUAAUGGACGGGCAUUUUGUUCCCAACAUCACCUUUGGUCACCCUGUGGUAGAAAGCCUCCGAAAGCAGCUAGGCCAGGACCCCUUCUUUGACAUGCACAUGAUGGUGUCCAGGCCGGAACAGUGGGUAAAGCCAAUGGCUGUAGCAGGAGCCAAUCAAUAUACCUUUCAUCUUGAGGCUACUGAGAACCCCGGGGCUUUGAUUAAAGACAUUCGGGAGAAUGGAAUGAAGGUUGGCCUUGCUAUUAAACCAGGAACUACAGUUGAAUAUUUGGCACCAUGGGCUAAUCAAAUAGAUAUGGCCUUGGUUAUGACAGUGGAACCUGGGUUUGGAGGGCAGAAAUUCAUGGAAGAUAUGAUGCCAAAGGUUCACUGGUUGAGGACCCAGUUCCCGUCUUUGGACAUAGAGGUUGAUGGUGGAGUAGGUCCUGACACCAUCCAUAAAUGUGCAGAGGCAGGAGCUAACAUGAUUGUGUCUGGCAGUGCCAUUAUGAGGAGUGAAGACCCCAGAUCUGUGAUCAACCUGUUAAGAAAUGUUUGCUCAGAAGCUGCUCAGAAACGUUCUCUUGAUCGGUGAAACCUCAAGGAGUCCAGUUGCUGCUCAUGAGAUCUCUUUACUGGAAAACAAGAAUAUUGACAACCAAAUCAUACCACAGUGGAGGCAGUACUGCUUUUCUGAGCAAUUAUUCAUUCCAGUGACUGAAAUCCAUUAUGCAGAAUGUUCCAAGAGGUUAGAAGUUGGUGUGUAUAACUACAUUUUUAGUGAUGGAAUUUAAAGAUUAGUGUGGUAAAAUACCAUUUUUACUGGGAGAUUUGAUUUUUAUAAAGAGUAAAAAUAUGACUGUAUUAAGGAAAAUUAUCAACAGAAAUGUCUUAAUGCCUAAGGAAGGCAUAUUAGCUACUAUGAAAAAAAUGUUUUUUCUGAAUUUCUAAAAAAAAUUUUCUGUUGUUUCUUGGCUGCUUCCCAAAAGCAAAGGAACGCCUUAUGUUUUUACUGUUUCGUGUCAUUUUUGAUUUGUGUAUGUGCGUGAUGAAUAAGUUUGAGUCUGGCUAGAAUGGCAUACCUUACUCUUCUAGCUUCUAAAACAUCUAUUUUUUACUUUGCACCUUGUAUUUAAUAGAUUAAAAACAAUGUAUUAUGAAGCCCAGGGAUUUUUCAGGUUGUCUGUUCUAAAAUACAAGCACAAGUUU